CAGCUCGGUUACACUGCUGCCCCGUGUGAUUUACAUUUGUAAACCCUAAUACAACAAAACAUUACCUUAUUGAUGUUUUAUCACCGUUGAAUUAAAUAAAAAUGAGUCGCAAGAUCUUGCUCAAUUACUUCCACCUGCAACAUGUGUGCCCCAUUUCUACGCCGGAAACAAUGACUACGCCGGUUCUCCAACGGACCGUUUCCGGUGUUGCACACAACACUACCAUUGAAAACAUGACUUGGAGCCGUGUCGGCUUACGCCUCGUAGAUUUUGUCUGGUUAGUUUUAUCUUUUUCUUUCUUUGUGGCUCUCGGAGCUCACGUAAUCUUAAAACGGUUCCCCUCCAAAUACGAAACAUGUCGUCUUUACGUGUUGUUCCAGGAUCUGAUCAGAUAUGGAAAGACUAAACAGAAUUUGAAACGCGACGACUGGUUGUGUGUGUUUGACGUGCCAAAGAGGUGGUUCUGGCAUUUUUACGCAACUUCCCUUGUUUGGAAUGGUCUUCUGUUGUCUUUCAGCCUGAACAUCACUUUACGGCAACAGUUAUGUCCACAGUGGCUCACAAGCUUAAUAAAUAUUCUGUCUGGGUCUACAGACACAGAAAAUGAAGCUCUUCAACCUGGCACAGUCCUGGUGCAGCUGCUGCUGUGGUUCCAUUCACUCAGGAGGCUUCUGGAGUGUCUCUACGUCAGCGUCUUCUCUGAUGGCGUCAUCCAUGUGGCGCAGUACGUCUUCGGACUGGGCUACUACGUCCUGCUGGGGCUGACUGUGCUCUGCUCGGACCGCCUAACGAACGGGAACAAAACUCUCGUAUUCCAGUUGGAGUGGUUUCACGUUGCAGGAAUUGUGCUCUUUAUUCUGGCUUCUGUGCUGCAGCAUCAGACCAUGGUCCUUCUGGCUAGACUUCGCACUGGGAAGUCAGGAAAGGUGGAGACGCUGGGUCACAGAGUCCCAAAGGGAGGCUGCUUUGAACUGGUGUCAUGCCCUCAUUACUUAGCAGAGUUGCUCAUCUACGUUUCCCUGGGUUUAGUUUUGGGAGGCCGGUCUCUCACCUGGUGGCUGGUGGUCCUGUAUGUGCUCUUCAACCAGGCGCUGGCAGCACUGCUUUGUCACGAUCUCUACGUCAGCAAGUACGAGUCCUACCCAAAGCAAAGAAAAGCUUUUAUACCCUUUUUGAUGUGAAGUAAAAUGAUGUGUCCUA